AUGCGAUUGGCCCUGAUUAAAAAAGUGUGCACCGCAAUACAGUUUGGGAUGAACUUGGGAUGUAUCGUGUCUAACUUCUUUGCGUCGGUCUUGUCAGACGAAGUGCAACGUGGAAGACAUGCCAAAAUACAGCGGCACAAAAGAGCGUGGGUCCCGCCAGCGAGAACGCUUACGGAAAAUGUGGACUACACUAAAGCGCCGUACGUUGCCAAGAUCCGCUCAGAUAAGGACACAGGGCUGCGCUACACCUUGAAGGGACCCGGGGCUAACCAGGAACCAGUGAACCUGUUUGUCGUGGAACCAUCUACAGGACUUGUCCGUAUCACUGGAAUCCUUGAUCGAGAGAAAAAGGAGAAAUACGUACUGACAGGUAUUGCAUGGUACAAGAAUGGUUCCAUAGCUGAAGAAGACAUUAGCUUUUCUAUUGAGGUGGAGGACCAAAAUGACUGUGCCCCUGUUUUUGACCACACAAAUGUAGCAAAUGUUUAUGAGUCCAGCCCUCAGGGAACAUUUGUUCUUCAAGUUCAGGCUACAGAUAACGACAAAGCAAACACUCCUCACACUAAACUGGCAUACUCCAUAGUGAAGCAGGAGCCCGAUGAUCAAAAUCGCAUGUUUUCAAUUGAUAGAGACACUGGAAAGAUACUUGUCAAGGAGACAAAUCUUGAUAGAGAGACCCAAGACUUCUACAUUCUAACACUGAGAGUAGAAGAUAUGGAUGGAGGAAAAGACAGCAACUCAGACACAAAGACUCUCAGAAUAAACAUUCUGGACAUCAAUGACAACAUGCCAGUGCUGGAGAAGGAAGAGUACACAGGGAGAGUGGAUGAGAACACAGCCAACAUGGAGGUGUUGCGUGUGAAAACAAUAGACUUAGAUGAAGACCAUACGGAUAACUGGCUCGCCGAGUUUGAGAUCACGUCGGGGAAUGAAGACGGCAUUUUUAAAAUUGAAACGGAUCCCAGAACAAAUGAAGGAGUACUGUAUAUUGUCAAGCCAGUUGAUUACGAGACAGUCAAAUCAAUCGACAUAGGACUGGCUGUUAAGAACAAAGCUCCUUUAGGAGCAGGAGCAGGAGCUGGAGCUGGUGGAGGAUCAGGAGGGGGGAGUGGAGGUGGUGGAGGAGGAGGAGGAGGAGGAGGUGGCUCAGGAAGUGGAGGAGGUGGCCCGGGAAGUGGAGGUGGUGGAGGAGGAGGAGGUAGCUCAGGAAGUGGAGGAGGUGGAGGAGGUAAGCGUAAGAGCUACCCGGUGAAGAUCUUAGUGAACAACCUUCCAGAUGGCCCAAAGUUCCGGCCAAGUGUCAAACCUAUACCUGUGUCUGAAAACAGUGGGAAAAACACUCUACCCACAAGUCUGGGUGCCUACAAAGCCCAGAACGGGGACACUGGUGAGGAUGCAGAGAAUGUUAGAUACGCUAAAGGAUAUGACCCAGACAACUGGAUAUCAAUAGACGGGGAUACGGCUGACAUUAAACUCAUCAAACUGCCCGAUCGAGAGUCCCCCUAUGUUGUGAAUGGAACAUACAACGCCGAGAUCUUCUGCAUAACGGAAGAUUUGUCACUGAGGACGGCUACAGGGACAAUAGCACUGCAGGUGGAAGAUGUCAAUGAUAACUGUCCAAGGUUGACCACUGAGCUGCAAAAUGUCUGCACCAACACAAAGAUUGUGACUAUAACAGCCAAGGAUACGGAUGGACAUCCUAAUGGUCCCCCCUUAAAGUUCACUCUCAUUGAUGGGGAGACCAAUGGAAAAUGGGAUUUGCAGCAGACAAGUGAUGAAACUGCUGCACUGCGGCCUAAGGAAGAUUUAUGGCCUGGUUACUACACAGUCACCCUCGAAAUAGCAGACAAUCAGGGCGUGGCCUGCCCUGACAAACAGGUCCUCCAAAUCCAGUCAUGUGAUUGUUCAGCAGAAAACAAUACUUGUGAUGUUCAAGUGCAAGCUGGAAGCGUCAUUGGAACAGCAAGAGAUAAAUCGUCCACUUUUGGAAAAGCAGGAAUCGGCGCAUUGAUUCUAGGAUUCUUGGUCCUACUCUUGGUGCCUGUCCUCCUGUUAAGCUGUAAUGGCUGGAGUAAUAUUGCAGGAGAAUUCACUGACCUGCCAUUUGAUACAAAGGAGCAUUUGAUUUCCUACCACACUGAGGGCCAAGGAGAGGACAGAGAGGUGCCAUUGAUGAGUGUACCAGUAGUAACUUCUGUUGGAGGGGAAUUCGCUGCCAUCCAAAGUGCCAACGUGAACCCCAUAUGCUCUGCUUUCGUCCGGGACGACACCUUUGACUAUGACCAGACAGAACCCAUGCUGAUGAAUUAUAGUCUCCAGAGAGAGUCCCCGUAUCUAGGGGGAACAGACAUAACUCUGCCUGAUGCAUUCCUGGAGCAACAUUUCACAGAGAAGUCGUAUAUAAUGGCAGAAAAAGUCCCUUUGAAUGACAGUCAGCAAGUGUAUGAGUUUGAAGGUCAAGGUUCUCUCGUUGGCUCUAUUGGCUGCUGCAGUCUCCUCGACACACAGGACGACCUCCAGUUCCUUGACAACCUGGGCCCAAAGUUUGUCACCCUGGCUGAGAUAUGCAGUGGAUCUGAAAUCUACACAGAGGUCUCUGCCCCUCCACCACCAAAGCCCAACCCUGUGCCUGCCGCUGCAGCGGUUUCUGUGGAAAUGAACAUGAACACUGUCAACAGCAUGUCAAUGGAGACGCAUGUGGAGAGACAAGAAAGAAACACGGUAGUCCAAGACAACACGGUAGUGGAAGACAACACGGUAGUGGAAGACAAAUUGGUAGUGCAAGAAAACCGGUCAGCCACCCUGCCCAACGUCAACACUGGCCAGGUGCUUGUUCUCCAGCAGCAGCAGCCUCUGUACUACAUGGUGGAGCAGCAGGUGCCCAGCGCUGUCCUGGUGGCGGAGAGGCCUCCUGUUACACUGGGACAGAGCAUGUACGUGGUGGGUGGAGCUCCACAGGCAGAGGGGCUGCUAGUCCACAGUGGUGUCCCAGCACAGGCCACCCUGAGUGGGACAACACAGGGAAUGUAUGUGCUGAAUGGAGCUUCCAUUCAACCUCACGCUGCUGGAAGUUCAGGAAAUAACAUCACCAUCAGUCCCACCUCCUCUGCCUGUGAAACCAUACUGAUCCAAGGAGCUCCAAUGGGAGCUAAUGGUCUGGUGAUCAGUAAUGGCUCUUCAGAACAGGGUGGCAUUUCUGGCCUUCACAGUGAGACCCUUAAAAAUGGUGAAAUGUCAGUCAUCUCAGGAAUCGGUAUGGGACUGGGGCAUGUGGUCAUGGGGGAGGAGCUAAGAGGGUCAAAUAAGGGGCUAGUUCACAUGAGUCAUCAAAAUAGCGUGGCCCUCGUCGAAAGUUCAGGCAGGUCUUGUCCGGCACUUGUCGAAAGUGCAGGACCUAUCAUUCACAGCCCAGUAAUGAUGAGUCCUUUGCCUCUUAGUCCAGUAGCUUUGAGUUCAUUCCAAUUUCAGGGACAGAGUAGCAAAGAGAAUGUGGUUUUGGUGGAAAGGCAGGUCAGUCAGAAUGGCAAUUCAGUGCAAGUCAACGCACCAGUGAAAUCAGUAAUAGUAGGGUGA